AUGAUAGACGACAGCCAAGGCAUAUCUGCAACCGCAUUAAUGGGUCAUUCAAGACCGGACAAAAGGUCGGUAACACAACUACGCACAAUGGGAUGUGUUGUUGGAAUGCUAUCCAGAGCUGAUGGAUCUGCAAGAUUUACUCUAGGAAAAUCCAGUGUGCUUUGUUCUGUGUAUGGCCCAACAGCAUCCAGACCUCGAGAUGAAAAGUUGGAUCAUGCACAUAUUCAAGUUGUGUUUAGUCCAGUGUCUGGCAUAUCUGGUACCCAGGAACGCACAUACGAGCAUUUCAUAAGACAGGUGGUGGAAGCCAUUGUAUUAUCUGCAUUACAUCCUCGAACAACCAUCCAAAUUACUCUACAGGUACUCUUUGACGAUGGUUCGAUUCUUUCUACUGCAAUCAAUGCAGCUGUCUUGGCAUUAAUAGACGCGGGCAUUCCCUUGUCCAAAACAUGCUCUGCUGUCACUUGCAUGAUUAGCAAAGAAGGUGUCUUGUUAUUGGAUCCAGUUCUUCUUGAGUGCUCGGAAGCACAAUCAAUGCAUAUUUUGGUUCCUGAUGCGACAUUUUCAGAAGUAUUGGCAGUGCAUUCUACAGGAUUGUUUGAGACUGACGAGGCAAGUGUAGUUGGUGACAGUCUGAUUGUACUGCAUAUUUGA